AUGUUGCCGAUCGCUUCAUACGAGAGCAGCAGCGAUUCUGAGAGCGAGGAUGACGUCCAUGGAUCACGAUCAACUGCUAUGCCCACCCUACCGAGCUUCUUGUCCUCAACGAGUAGCCCACGUGAUGAUCCAAUCGAGCAUCGAGGACGAGUAAGGAAGCAGCCACAUAUGGAAAACAGUUGGGCGACCUAUGUCUACUUGGAAGUGCCAGUGAAUGACGAGAUCCAACGAAUCAUUGACCAUAUCACCCACUACGACAAUGUCCAUCCUAUCAUUGACGAGGAAGAAAAAAGGCUGCAUAUCAGCUUAAGCCGCUGUAUCUAUCUCAAGCAUCAUCAAUUGGAGCCUUUUGUGCAAUCAAUACGAGACCACGUGAAUAGCCCAAACAUGACAUUAGCAUUUGCCCUGAUUUCAAUUCUGACCAAUGAUGAGAGGACAAGAUCAUUUAUCACAGCCGAAGUGGGAGCAGGUUAUGAUAAGCUCAUUGACAUCCUCGGAUAUGUGGACUCGGUCAUGAACAUCUUCCGGCAACCCGUAUUCUACAAGCCCCCACGUUUCCAUGCAAGUAUUGCUUGGGCACUAAAACCUGAGCCAUUGGAAAAAGCGAUCGGAACAAUCCCGGAAGAUUUUGUAGAUGAUUUAACCGAGAUUACGUUUACAAUAGCGAGCAUGGUUGUAAAAAUGGGCAAUCGCAUUGUUCGAAUUCCACUCAACAAAGAUGUUUGA